AUGGACUUCUAUCAAGUGAAUCUGGCCGCCUUGAUCGUGGCCAAUUCGUGCUAUUUCCUAUAUCGACAUCACACUCAGAAUCACAAGCCGCGCCGUCGUGGUGCCCCGCGAGAUGAACAAGCCGAAGCAGGUGCCUCAAGGUUCACAGGACAGUUCCUCCUCGUCUAUACGUUGGUUGUCGCAGCAGAUUGGCUUCAAGGCCCAUACACCUACGCAAUCUACAAGUACGAAAAGCAGCUGGAAGAGCCCACCGUCGCACUCUUAUACGCCUCGGGCUUUGUUUCCGGUGCUGCAAGUGCGCCCUUCGUAGGACAGCUCGCAGAUCGCUAUGGCAGGCGGGCUGCCUGUGUCGCUUAUUGCGUCUGCUACAGUAUCACAUGUUUGACAAUGCUGAGCCGCAACCUCAAUGCCUUGUACAUGGGCCGUCUGUUCGGGGGCAUUGCAACCACGUUACUAUUUAGUGCCUUUGAGGCCUGGAUGAUCACCGAAUAUCAUCAAUUGCAGAUUGAUGAGAGCACGGUGUCUCUCGGCCGGAUCUUUGCCAACAUGACGACCGCCAGCAGUAUCACCGCCAUAUUCUCUGGUAUACUUGGAAACGGCCUUGUUCAGUGGUUCGACUCUCGGCUGGCCCCAUUCAUCGCCAGCUUUGGCUGCUGCAUUGGAGCCAACAUUGUCAUAUUGUCGACGUGGCGAGAAAACUAUGGCAGUGCGGCCAGACCUUUGGAGACCACAGGAGUCCCGAAGCUGAAGCAUCGAGUACUUGCGUCACUCAGAGAUCCAAAGGUCAUGACCUUGAACUUCGUCUCCUGUUGCUUUGAAGGCCCCAUGUAUCUUUUCGUAUUCUUCUGGUCCGCUGCCCUGAAGAGCGUGAGAGCGAAAUCAGGAGACCAGAACGAGCUUCCUUUCGGCCUCAUCUUCUCGAGUUUCA